CACCAGAAACCAUGAACACCACAGUGACACCGGGCUCCAACGGGUCUGCGCCGUGUCCUAGGGACACUCAGAUAGUGCAGCUGGUGUUCCCAGCCCUGUAUACGGUGGUUUUCUUCACUGGCCUCCAGCUGAACAUUUUGGCCCUGUGGGUGUUUGUUCACAUCCCCAGCUCCUCAACCUUCAUCGUCUACCUCAAAAGCACUUUGGUGGCCGACCUGAUCAUGACGCUCAUGCUUCCUUUCAAGAUCCUCUCCGACUCCCGCCUGGGACCCUGGCAGCUCCGGGCCUUCGUGUGCCGCUUCUCCUCGGUGCUCUUCUACGAGACCAUGUACGUGGGCAUCCUGCUCCUGGGCCUCAUCGCCUUCGAUAGAUUCCUCAAGAUCGUCAGACCGUUUGGGAUGGCUUUCCUGAAAAAAACUGUCUUUGCAAAAUGCAUCUCAGGCCUGAUCUGGUUCUUUUUGUUCUUCAUCUCCCUGCCAAAUAUGAUCUUGAGCAACAGAGAAGCAACACCAUCAUCCGUGAAAAAGUGUGCCUCCUUGAAGGGCCCCCUGGGGCUGAAAUGGCAUCAAAUAGUAAAUAACAUAUCCCAGGUUAUUUUCUGGACUGUUUUUGUCCUAAUGCUUCUGUUUUAUGUGGUGAUCGCAAAAAAAGUCUACAAUUCAUACAGAAAGUGCAGGAGUAAGGACAGCAAAAACAACAGGAAGCUGGAAGGCAGAGUGUUUGUGGUGGUGGCUGUCUUCUUCGUGUGUUUUGCUCCGUUUCAUUUUGCCAGAGUUCCCUAUACUCGCAGCCAAACCAACAGUCACACCGACUGCAGACUGCAGAACCAACUGUUUAUUGCUAAAGAAACCACUCUCUUUUUGGCAGCAACGAACAUUUGUAUGGAUCCCUUAAUAUAUAUAUUCUUAUGUAAAAAAUUCAGAGAAAGGCUACCCUGGAUGAGGGGGAGAAAGACCACGGCACCAAGCCAUGACAAUCAAAGCAGUCACACAGACAAUAUAACCCUAAGCUGACGAUGUUAUUUACAUGCGGUUUACUUGUAUUUAUUAAGGAAAAUUCAAAAGGUAAAUUAUCUGGAAAUAAAAUUUAAGCACUUAAAGAAAGAAUUGGAACAAAUGCCCUUUUACGUUGUAUA